AUGUUCGCGCGCAUGCUGAGACCAGGUGCCUUGGCCUUGCGGCGCAUAGCGACCGCACCGCAGGCGCGGAGCGGAAAGGCGUUGGCCCUCACUUUGAGCGCCGGCGCCGGCGCCGCCAUUGGCGCGGCGCAGUUCCAGCCCCUGAGGAAGAUGGACCUGCAAGUGGACCGGGGAUCGCUGUCGCACAUGCCUUGCAGUUGGGGAGGGUGGUUCUUCAAAUUCGACUUCCAGCAGAUGCACGUGCCCAGCUGCGAAGACGCCGCCGACCUCUUCAUAAGGCCGGAGGUGCGGGCGGUGUGGCCGGACGAGGAGCUGCGGCUGCAGCGGUUCCUGAGGCCCGGGGACGCGGUGAUCUCGGGGCCCUGCAAGACGGUGGAAACCGACGACGAGGACGAGUUGUUGGCCCUGCGCCGCUUCGUAGCACUCUUCGGGAAUUUGGGCGGGCCUUUCUUCGCGGACUUCGCCCACCGACCGUCGAAGGAGCGGGAGGUGCUGCACUGCCGCCAGCAGCGGCGCCGGGACUUCCCGGAGAAAGGCGCGUGGGCCACCUUCUGCCAGAGCAGUCAGCACCCGCGGGAGGCGAUGGCUGUUGUCAGACGUGACGGGGCAGACACGUUCAAUACGUGUUUUAUCUUCCACGUCGCGCUGCGUGUGUCUCCGCAUUGGCUGCCCGACUGCUUGAAGGUGAUGCUCAAGGUCUGUCGACAGGAGGUGCUGAGGUUUCAGAACCGUCCCAAGAUCCAAGAGCUCCGGGCGCUGAACCGCGACUUCUACGUAGUGCUCACCUUCCGGCACUUCAAGCGGGGGCCCCCACUGCUGCCCUGCGAGCAAAACGAGCCGCCCGAGGUCACCUUGAAGGAGGAGUCCCAGCAAAGCCGCUGGACUAGGCAUUGCGGUGGCGGCUUCCUCGCGGUGAGCUACUUGCAGAAGUUCCUGGCACGCCUGGGCCUGACAGGUCAAGUCUUCGACUCUUUGGAUGGGCAGAAGCUGGUGCCUUACCAGUGUGUGGUUUUGCGGGCCGAGUGGCAACACCUCCGCGGGGAGGUCCUGCGGCAGUUCCGGGCGCAGAAAUCGGCCUACCGGAAGCUCAACGGAGGCCCUACGGCGCCCGACCUGCGCGAGGGGCUGAUGCCCAACUUUCAGGCUGGAGACCAGCCGGCUCCGGACUACAUUGUGCGAUGCAAACCCCGGCUAUUUGUGCGGCAUACCUUCAUUGACGUGAACGAUUCCGAAUGCUCCGACAUGGAAAUGACCCGCUCGGCCUCGUACAAGUGA